AUGACUCUCAAGGGUGUCCUUGCCACCGUGGUCUUGCUAAUGGCGGCUGGGACCAUAGCGGACGCUUACGCAUCCGACCACGCGAAAGCGAAAGCGGCCGUGAGAGUCCUGCGGAGCUUCUCCGUGCCGGCCAACCUCAAGUUACUUGCGUCAACCGCCCAGAAGACGUCGGGCUCCUACAGGCUCCGCUUCAUGCAUGGAAUUCGCGCCAUCAGCAUCUACUACGUUGUCUUCGGCCACUCUGGUUCUGAAUACUCAUUCGCGAGCGGUGGGACGAUGUUGCAGCUUUCGUACUUCGACCGGUACGACUCCACGCUAGCGGCGGUUGGCUUCAUGGCCGUGGAUACCUUUUUCUUCUUGAGGCACGUGAAACAGUGGCACUUCCGCCUCCGUUUAGCCUAA